UUUUUAUGGCUCAAUUGGUCUGUUCAGUAAUUUGUCUCAGAGCAGUCUCAGAAGCGCUCGGAUAAAGCGGAUUUUAAAGUUUGCCCAGUUUUAGGGACAAGGGAAAGAGGAACUUAUAAGGCAUGGCUUAUGUUUUGAUGGCCCCAUACUAUGUUCUUGGACAUCCACCACCGGUCGUGUGCUAUCCAGUGCCGGUGCGUGUUCCUACGGUCUGUCUGACUAAGGAAUGCCCAUGUUACCCGUGCACCUCUAUGAGAAAGAGGCUUCUGGCGACCAGAAUCAUGGAGGAAGAAAUGGACACUAGCAAUGACAGCGUUUCUGCAGUACCACCAGAGCUGACAGAGGGCGCUAGCGACAGCUAUCUCGAUGGUGAAGAGAAAAAGGACCUACCAGAGAACUCGAACAAGGACAUGGGUGAUACCAAGAAGGAAGAAGACCACAAGAACAAUUUAGAGGAGAGGAGUAGCUCCAGCGAUGCAGGGUCCAGCGAUGGGUCGGGAUGGGAAGAUGGCCAGACGUCGGACCCAGACAAGGACAAGUUCUCCGGGAACGGUAGCAGCGACAGCGGCAUCAGCGGCCGAGGCUCCCCGGGGGGUGGGAACAGCAGCGGGGACGACACGGACAACACCGUAGGCAGCGCGGUCACAGAUGUGACGUUUGUCGAGGAAGACUCGAGAGGUUCCCUCCCACCCUGUCCUGACCAAGACACCAAGGGGGACUUGGACGAGGGUUCAGCCAUUCAGCCGGACCAGACCGACAUGACCACGGGCGAGUCUGUGAACUGCAUUUUACGCCACUACACAAGCAUGGUGACCACAUCCAUGACUUCAGCCAAGUCCUCCAUUCCCGCGCAGAGCUACAUCACUCCGUGUUUCCAGCCGUUCGGCAUGGAGUUGCAGGGAACGAGCACCCACUGUACCGCCUCCUACCAGGGCGGGAACCUCCAAUCUGCGCCGAUUCCAUCGACGGGAAUGCCAGCGAGACCGGACGAGAAGCUUCCGACCGCGAAUAAUCCCAUAGCCACGAAAACCAGUAUGAAGGACAUCCAGCAAGCCAAGAUGAAACGUUACCAGCAGGUUUUGGAACAGUUGAGAAAAUCGGGGUUGUUCGAGGUGACGUUGCGGACUGCAAAGCUCAUGCGUCAGAGUAGACUGAUUCAGGCCCAGAUCAACGCGCUGCGUGCGGACGCACAGAGGCUCUCGCAGUCCGUGAUACAGGACUACCCAUACUCCAAGACAGCGGUGACCAGUGAAAGAUGAUGUAUUCUCACUGUAGGAGUAGCCAAACAUUCACGCCUUCCUUCAUCUUACCCAACCUACAGUCCAUAAUCUGACCUCUCUCAUACUGUCAUUGCCAAAGAAACUGUGCUUGCCUCCACUUUCCUGACUAUCAACAUUUAAUGAUCACUAUGUUCCAUCUCUUGUUCAAAUUGUACACAUUUUUCUCCAAACCUUUCCGUUUUAGGAGAAAAAAAUGGAAGUCUUUUUUUAUUUCAUCUUUGUCAAGUGCAGUGUGGGGCGUUAAGACAAUGUCUGUAAACGUGCAGUGCCGUCGCUUCAUGAUGUUUUUGUUGCUAUAUUGCUGUAAAGUUAUAUUAGAAAUGUACAUAAUGUAUCUGAGAGAUUUAAAACCACUCUUUGUCUGACCAGGACAUGAAACUAAUAUUUACUGAUAUGCUAAAAAAAACAAAGAAAAUUAGAAUGCGAUUUCUAAUUGGUGGAAAGUCCCUUACAUGAUCAAAUUUUUCAAGACGUAGUGAAACACAUGCACAAGAAAUCCCUACAGCAUUUGAACCAUGUUGCAUUUUCCUUAUUAUUUGCUGUAUAAAACAUAUAAAUGGUCAACUGUGCCUUAUUUUAGAACAACUUCUUGAGCUCCCAAUACGAGCCGAGUGUUUCCCUAUGUUUGAGGCCUGGUGGUCAAUAAGUUUGCAGCCUCACUUAGAAAUAUGGUGACCAACUCAAAUUUUGGGGCAUGAUUAUUUAAGCCUUGUAUGAAUGGCUAUAUAAAAAUCCAAACCAUUACGAUCUGUACUUUGUAGGCGACACCCAAGUUUAUGUCAGGUGAGGGAGACAAUUGAGCUGUGACCUGUACUGCUUGGGUCAACAUGCUCAGCUGAAAGUCUUAUACGCACUCUGUUCUAGCCGAAAUACUGCACAAAGUGAAUCCUCAUCAAGUUUUUUUGUCUUCGUAGAUUUGACCAUAUACAGUUCACCCUUGUUUUUCUCGCCAUUUCCAUACUGAUCCUCAAAAGGAUGGUAACUGAAAAGCAAUAACAAUUUGAAAUUUUUAUUUAUUUAUUUAUUUAAAUUUGGUGCAUAUUGAUUUAUAAAUCUCCAUACUAUAUAAUGAUUGAAGGUUUUGAUAUAUAAUUCUGCCCUAAAAUUUGCAUGAGGUCGCAAAUGUAUUGAUCUUCCACAUAAAUGGGUAUCAAUGCUACUUAUACAGGUUUGCCAUAUGAUCAAAUUGUAUUGAUCACCCCUCGUAAAUGGGUAGCACCUACAUGUAUAGGGGUCAUUAACCCCAGCCAGUGAGAGAUUGUGUAAACACAGGCUACUGGUUCACACAUUCUGUGGAUAUAUGGGGCAAGCAGCUGACAUGUUGUGAGGGAAUGUAGUUCUUAUUUUUAGAGGGUGACAUAAAGCUAGCGACCAUGUGUACAGUUGUGUUUUAAUCACCCAACCUCUGCACAUAGAAGAACCUUACAUACAUGUUAGUAUGUAAUACUUAUUAGGAAGAGUAGGGGACUGACCCAGUGUGAUUGGUUAGUAAGGUGACCAAUAGUAAAGCCCGCCACACCAAAAGCUUUCGAAAAAUCAUCACUGACACUUUAACUGAUCAAACAAUGUAACCUAUUAUGCAUGAUAUUAGUUUUGAAAAACUCUGCUUUGUAAAAGUAUGAUUUUAGGGUUAAGUCAUGAGAGUAUAUUUAUAUGCCAAAAUGUGGUUGAAAACACACGGUACGUGUAUGUCGCAAUUUCUCUGUUAACGGGUGCAAUUGGACCAAGAUAUUGUGAAAAAAUGAAGUGCUCCCAAAUACUUACUAAUGAUAUGAACUCAUUUCCCACUAUCUUUUGCCACUUUUGGUGCUAGCUUUUUGAGAUAUUCAAUUGUUUUGGUCUGAGAUUGAGGGUUAUCAUUUCUCCAGUAUUUAUUCUCUUGGUCGGGGGUUUCUUACACAAAAACGCAGUUUAGCUGGUACAACAGGAAAAAAUUAUCGGAAAAUGCAGUUUACAUACGCUGUGCAACAAGAAUUUAAUGGCAUAUCAUACUUAAUAUAGAUACCAGCUGGAUAAGUUCAAUCACCUGUAACUUAUGACUGAAAGCUAACAUAUUUUUGUUAUUUGAAUGCGACGAUUCAUACGUUUCUAGUAUUUGGGUGAUUUUAGUGUGUCGCUAGGCAAAACCCUACCCUGGAUGAUCUGAAGGAAGCUAAGAUAGCAAGGGGACAGCACCAAGUAUGUUGUCUUUUUCAGUCAUGGUGGGCCGCUUUACCAUUCCACAGUAAUUGCACCCAUUGACGGAGAAUAAACCAUGUAAACUAUAUUUUUAUUUGUAUCAUAAUGGUGUACCAAUAGGCAUGUUAACAUGUAUCUGUUGUUUUGUUGUUAUUCUUUGUGCUGGUAUGAUAUCUAAUUUGUGUGAAGUCUGUAAAGUAAUUUAAGACUAUUAAAUUUCCUUUAAACAUAUAUUGUAUAUAUUAUUAUAUAGUAAUUUACUUUGGAACAUUUUAGGCUGUUAUAAUUAUACAGUGAGAUUUGACAGACAAAAUGAUGUACAUGUACAGUGUAUGUUAAUCAUAUUGCAAAACUAGCAGCUUUUGUAUAUACAUAAGCAAUGUCUUGUGUACUGAUAAUGUAGAGACUGUCACACUUGCAAAUUGUAACUUCACAUUCUAUUUGUGAAUCAAUCUAAAAAGGCAGGCAAAAUAAAACCAGGGAUUCUGCAAGAGCCCCAGGAAUUUUUUACAAUGGGAAUUUUGCUAAUAAAAGAAAAAAAACGAAAGUACUUCUUGGGGCUGUUAGGAGCAGACAACCUGCCAAAGACCAUUUUCCAACACUAUACAACGGUUUAUUGAAAUUCAUCUCCAUCUAAAUAUUAUGGAGUUAAUAAACUGUAGGUAUCUCUUAUGAUGUUUCCUGGGAGUCAAGGUGGAUAUUGUGCAAAUGGAUUCUUCUUUUUCUGUACUGCAGCCAAGUUCAAUAAAAUGUACUUUUAAUGUUA